AUGAUACACCACAAAGCUCAAGACCUGGUGUCCCCAGGGUUCCUGGAAGUGGCUGACACUGAGGAGAUGAUCUCUGGAGCUGUGCUUAGACUAAGGGUCAUACUUCACCAUGCUGGGCUGACAGAAUUCCUCCAACAAAUAGAUGAGGCAGCACCCUGGUUCCUGCCGACGGGACAUUUGUCCCUGCCUUGUUGGGAGAAAUUGGGUAAAGAUUUAGAACGAGCAGAAGCGGAGUGCCGGCUUCCACUUUCGGUUCGGCCGCUCUGGGAGAUGAUUCAUUCCUGCCUCAAAGGGGAGAGGAACGGGGCUAAAGAUAGCGCGGACGGGCUCUCUCGGGCCCGCCGAGCUUUUGAGGGGGCCCGCUCGGAGUCCUCCCGGGAGGGGUCCAUCGCAGGGAGCGUGCGAGGGCGCUCGCGAGAGCGAGGCAAGAGAGAGGCGCCCCCUGCCUCGGAUUCCUCAGACUCAGAUACCUCGGAGGGCGAGGACAAUGAGGUAAGUGACUCCCCUAAUCCCUUCGCAGCUUUACGUAGAGAUCUAGUCAAGAUGCAGACAGACCUAAAAAAGGGAAAAGAACUCUUGAGCACUCCCCAACGGAAGGUCAUAGAGCCUUCCGCGCCACCCUGGGGGGUCCCAAACGCCAGUUCCUAUGGUGAGAUGGCAGCCUGGGGCCCACCUCCGUUGCCACCCCCAUGGAGGGAGUGGCCUGGACCGUUGUCACAUGCAGAGCCGCCAUCUUAUUUGCCUGGCGACCCGCCAUCUUGUGCCCUAAAGGCUGGUCGGCCAUGUUGUAAAGAGGCGCCAUUUUGUGAUAGGGAGAGACAGUCAUCUCACAAGGAGACACCAUCUUGUGAGAGAAUACCAAGGUCCCAAGAAAAGUACUUUCGUAGAUGGACAUUUAAGAUGGAACAAAUCCCCCAUGGGGCAAAUGAGUACGAACAAUGUGGGUUCUAUCCGGUACACCUGGCGCAAGGCCAGGGACCCAAUUACUGGGAACCACUGGAGAUUAAGCAAAUUAAGGAGCUCAAAACUGCGGUUGCCACGUUUGGCCCUACUGCUCCUUACACUAUAACAAUGUUGGAAAAUCUGUCCGCCGGUGGUUUCCUGACACCCAGUGAUUGGACCCAGUUGGCUAAAGCCUGCCUGGCCCCCGGGGCUUUUCUGGACUGGCGCGCCUGGUACACUGAGUUUGCUGCCGAGCAGGCCAAGAGAAAUGCGGCUAGGGGCCAUAGGGGACAAAAUGAGGACAUGCUUAUGGGUAAGGGUCAAUAUGCCCAAGAUCAAACCAGAUUCCCUCCAGGUGUAUAUGAGCAAAUACACAACAUAGGUAUUCGUGCCUGGAAGCAGUUGAUCUUUGAGCAGUGUACCAUGGACUGCAGGGCAGCCAUAGCGCCCCACAAGGGUAAAGACAUAGAAGCUUGGAUCAAGAUUUGCAGAGAAAUAGGAGGGCCACUGUCCAAUUCAGGCGUGGCUGCCCUUUUAGCUGCCGCUUUACGACAGACAAGGCCUCAGAAGGCUAAUGACCCUGGAAGAGAACCAUUGUGGGUUCCAGAACGGCUGACGCGCGUAGCGAAUCCAACGGAGCGCAAUGCAGGGGACACUCCAAAACUCAACGGCAACGAACAGCCCGGUCAAGAUCGGUCCGACCAGGAUACUGCUGCUCGACCGAGCGAUACCGUAUGA